ACAAAUGCUUGUUUGAAAACGAUGGACCUGGAUACGAAUUACACCUUUGUGCCGCUAGCAAAAAGAAAUUACGUGUGCUUGACCGAUCGAAGAGUUCAGGAAUUACUUGAAAAAUGGGGCGUUCAACACAAUAUAAACAUCCAAACUUUUUCGUUCAACGAACCUUUUCAACCGUACCUGAAAUAUCGUCUGGUUGAGUCAUUUUUCAAGGACGCGAUUGUCGCCAAAGAGUUGAAAACCAAGAAGUACAAUAGCUGGUGCAACGAAGGCAUUACUGCGACGCAAGUUAAAGCAGAGCAAAUUCCAUGCUCCGUAUUGACGAUGUCUUUUUUCGAUAAGCUGAAAGACCCGAGCAAUAACAUCACCUAUGAUUCGAAUAAAAUUCGGAAGACCAUCAGGUACAACGAGGCGGGAGACAUGAUAACCGAUAACUUGAGAGCAAUGCUGCUCGAUCCAGAAUCCGAGGAAUACAUGCUGUACGAAAGUGACGAACGAAAAGAAUUCAUAUUCCGUAUUAUGCAAAUGCUGGUUAUCGGCGGCAAACUUUGCCAAUACGAAGAUGUGUUGGAGCCCUACUUAGAUGUCACCAAAGUGCUGUACAAAGAUCUAAUAAGAGUUGAUAAACUCGAAGAAUCAAACAAUUUGUCCAUUUCCACGAUGGUUUUAGAAGUUGUCGCUACGCAUUCCGGCGAUGCAUAUUUUCCAAGAAACGUUGAUGACCAACAGAAUAUCGGGUUCUUGUUGGUAGAUGCUAAUAAUCGUCAAAUCACAACUUUCCUACAUCAGUUGGACGGAUGCGAAGAAUGGAAAAAAUUGUAAAACAUAAUUACAAAUAUGUUGAGGAGAUUAUGAGACGAAU